AAGCAGUUCAGUAUGGCUGCCCUUGCAAGUGAUGCGCGCUUUGACAUUGCGGCCAUCAGCGACAAGCGGCGGCAGAUUGACGAGCGGAUCAAGGCCGACGACGACCGCUUGUAUGUCAUUCGCGAGGGCCUCAAGAAGUCCACUGCGCUGUCCAAGGGCAUGGCGGAAAUGCUCACUUCCUUUGAAAAUCGACUUGUGGCGCUCGAGUCGUCCAUCCGUCCGGUGCACGACGAGACGCUGAGCCUCACCUCGGCGCAGGAGCACAUCACGUCGACAAUCAAAAUCUUUGAAACUGGCCUGGCAAAUUAUGAUGUCGUGAGCGACGUGGCUCCAGUGCUUCUCGCAGGUCCUGGAGAGAACCUGAAGGAGUUUCUGCGUGCAAUGCAACGGAUUCAGACCGCGCUGCAGUUUUUCGCCAAAGAGACUCCCAAAGGCUCCGAGGUCACGGUCUCGCUGCUGAAAUCGCAACAAGAGUCUGGCUUGAAUUCUCUCGAGGCCGAAUUCCGAUCGGUGGUUUCCAAUCACAGCAAGAACGGCAGCCAAAAGAAAUCGAUUGAUGACUUGCUUGCGGGCGCAUGGGAGGACGCUUCGGCUGAUGGGGCAAGCGUCGCGACGAAGCCUUUGAUGCCGGAAGCAACCAUUGUUGCUCUCACAACGAUGGCAAGCUGGCUGGCGGAUGCCGGGCGUCUUUCCUCGUUUAGUGCUGCGUAUGCCGAGCUCCGUUCUGCCCACAUUGUCGACAUGCUGCAAAGCUUGGUUGUAUCGCAAAUGUAUGCCUCCGUGGCCGGAUCUGUGCCAGGUGCGCGAGCGGGCACUCGACCUGCAGCCAUCACGGGCCCUUCCGUGGAUGCGGGCUCUUCGCUAGCGCCCUCGGCAUCGGUGGCCUCAGCUGCGUCCAUCACUUCAGCCUCCUCCGCGUCCGCCACAUCCGACUCGUCUGCCGCAAACGCCGCUGUGGAUUCCAUGAAAAUCCGGCGAAUGACGGCCGCUUUCCAGCACAAGCGCACCUCGUCCACCAUUGGCCUGCCGGGCAAGGAAAAGAAGAGCGGCGAAUCAGAGCUGACUGCCAUGGCGUACGAAAAAGGCACCCAUCCAUUCCUUGACACCAUCACCGUGUUUUUGCGGCAAAUGAAGGCCGAGCGCGUCCUCGCGCAGCGCGUGCUUCCCGCCGCCCACUUUGACGUGACCUUCUCCACGCUUUGCAAAGCUCCCCUCGAGCAUUUCAUCACCUCGAUCGAAUCCAUCGCCAGCAAGGGCAAGCGUCAGCUGGGCAAGGGCGACUGCGCAAUCGUGUUUGAGCUGCUCAACAUUCUCGAGCUGCUUCGCGGCGUGUCCAAAGAACUCCAGCGAGCUCUCGAAGCAGGCGAUCGGGACCUAGUGAUUGACGUUGCGAUAUCCACCAUAUCCACCCUGUGCAACCGAGGCCUUCACGAUUUCGAAGAUGCAACCAAGAACGACUCUUCGAGCAAGUCCAAGUUAUCCCUCGAUGGCACAGUACACGUUUUGACUCGAAAUACCGUGGCAUAUCUGCUCAAGCUCUUCCAGUAUCGUGAAACGGCCGAGCAGCUGCUUCGUGAGAGUGUCGGGCAGGCGGCUGGCUCUACCAACCAGCUUGUGGCCUACAUGAAUCGGAUCGUCUCCUUCCUCACCAAAAACAUCGAAGCCAAGAGCGAUGCGUACGAAUCGCACAUCCUGGGCAUCAUCUUCAAGCUGAACAACUUCCAUUACAUGCUCAAGACGGUUCGCAAGUCGCCGCACAUGGCGGCGUUCGGACCCGAGUUUGAGGCGACCGCCUCCGAGCUGAUUCACGCCUGCUUGUACGAUUACCAGGUCAGCUGGAAGAAGGCCAUCGAGUACAUUCUCGAGGUCAACCGCAACCAAACCAAGCAGCCCAAAGCUGGCAAAUUGUCAAAGAGCGAACGCUCUGCCAUCAAGGACAAGUUCAAAGGGUUUAAUCACGAGUUUGACGAGGUCUAUCGCACCCAAAAGUCGUACACCAUUUCCGACCCCGAGCUUCGCGAUCAACUGCGCCGCGACAACGUGACGCUCAUCAUUCCGCUGUACAGCAAGUUCCUUGAGCGAUACAAGGACGAACCAUUCAGUAAGACUCCUGAAAAGUACCUCAAGUACGACGCAGCAACGCUGGAGAGCAUGUUGAACAAGUUCUUUGAUGUUUCGUCGUGAAGGCGCUUUUUCGCGAUGCUGUUGAUUUGCAGAUUAAAUCUUUUCCAAGUACUG